AUGAUACUCACGGAUGUUGUAUGUGUAGCAAUCUCUCGCAAGGAAAGUGGCGAGUUCCAAAAAGUCGUGCAGGAUGGCCAGAGCUCGGGAGCGAAAGUGAGCCACGGUCUCAGGAUGAGACACUAUCUGAUUGGUUACAACCGUAUGAUGGGGUCACUUGGGCCCAUCUCAGAGUUAAUGCAAAGUGGCCAGAGCCGCUUAAUGUUGCGAUCUUCAGUGCGAGAGGCAGGCAACGAAUUUAAAGUUGAAGAGACAUUAUUGAGUAUGUUUCAUGCUUCAUGUAAUGACGAUGCUUGUUAA